AUGGCGCCGAGGAAGCGCGCUCGGGCUAGCACCCAAACUGUUGCGACACCAACUCCUGCGCGAGAUGACGAUGCAAUGGACGUUGACACUCCCCAGACUGGUGAUAAUGAAGGUUCUAGCGAUACAAAAGAGCAACAGCCAGACAACAACUACAAUGAUCUUUGGACGGAUGAUCAAGUGGCUUCAUUAUUCAAGGGUGUCAUUCGCUGGAAACCAGCUGGCAUGCACAAGCACUUUCGAAUGAUAGCAAUUUCGGAGCACUUGCGAAACCAUGGUAUCGACCCUGAUUUUUACCAGCACACGCGCAUUCCGUACAUUUGGCAAAAGCUCCGAACAUACUACAAUCUUGAGGUGAUCGAUGAAAGAGAGAACUUCGACGAUGACGAGGUCGAAUACAACGAAUUUUGUUUGCCAAGACCGGAAUUCUAUGAAGCCAUGAUGGCCAGAGCCGUGGCCGACGUCAGCGACGCUCCAACAUCACCACCCCAGCUCGAACUUUCUCCGGCACCUUCACCAGCCAAGAAGCGCAAGCGAGGUGAUACGAAAACGAGAGGCACAUCGGUAGAAGAUACGGAGGACGGUACAGACGCCCAAUCACCAGCACCCAAGUCCAAACGAGGCGCUCCGCGACAAAAGAAGAAAGCGACCCCAGCAAAGACUGAGACGCAAGAAAAGGCCGAGACCACAGAAGAGGAAGAAGAGGACGAGGAAGAGGAAGAGGAAGAAGAAGAGGGGAGCGAAGAGGAAGGCAGCGGAAGCUCUUCUAGCGAGGAAGAAGAAAGUGCUGAAGAGAGCGAAACACAAGUAUCAAAGUCUACACGAGGUGCCAAGAAGGGCCAGAAGGCGAAGACUACUAAAGCAAAGGCAAGACCGAAGAGGAGACGUUAA